ACUGAGCGGAGAAGCCUUUUUAAAGUUCAUAAGAUCUUCAUUUCAAAUUAGGUAGUUGUAUUAUUUUAUGAAAUUUCGGCGUUUAACCUUUGGUAAAGCGUGGCUACUGGCUUAAGCCUGCUGUGUGUCUGUGACACGACGUAGACACGUAGUGAGGAAACUACACUGGGAUUCUUAAUUCAAAACAGGUGUGAAGUAAGUGAAAAAAGAUAAAGAGGGCAAACAAUACGAACGGAUUGUACAAAACAAGGAAAACAAGGUGGUCGGUCACAAGAAGAGGAAGGAGAGUUUAAGGACAUCGCGUUGUGUGGAGUGCAAGACGUGAGUGACGAGUGAUUUGAUUACGAUGGGGGAUGACUGGGCCAAGGCUGCUGAGGACCAGGAAACCAAGGACCGUGACUUGGUGGACAAGGUGGUCGAAAAGGUUGAUGAUUUGAAACUACAAAAAGAUGAGGAAAAAGAAGAACCAAAAGAUGAAAAUAAACCUGAUCCUGCAACAGGAAAUGAUCCUGAAGAGAAUGUCACUCCAGGAGAACUUUCCAUGUUGAGGAAGGUGAUGAGGAAAGGCAUCAUUCAGAGUAAAAAUAAAGUAGAAGUAUUGCGAGCAGACCCAAAGAAUCCUCUACAUAGUGUCAAGAGUUUUGAAGCCUUAGACCUGCGUAAGGAACUGCUGAAAGGAAUUUAUGAAAUGGGAUUCAGACUCCCCUCUAAGAUUCAAGAAAUAUCACUUCCUACAUUAUUAGCUGAACCAGCCAUGAAUAUGAUUGCACAAUCACAGUCAGGAACAGGCAAGACAGCAGCCUUCAGUUUGGCAAUGUUAAGUCGCAUUGACCCAAGCAAAAGAUGCACCCAGGGUCUCAUUCUGUCCCCUACCAUGGAACUUGCUUUACAAACAGUGGAAUGUGUUAAAAUGAUGGGCAAAUACUGUACAGACAUUACCAUCCGGUCUGCUGUGAAGGGAGACAUGGUCCCUCGUGGACAGAAGGUGACAGAGCAUAUUGUCAUAGGAACACCAGGCAAAGUGGUGGAUUGGGCUGUCAAGUACCGAAGUCUCGACCUACGAACUUGCAAAGUAUUUGUUCUGGAUGAAGCUGAUGUAAUGAUAGCCACUCAGGGGCAUCAAGAUCAGUCAGUGAGAAUUCACAAGCAGCUACCAGAAUCUUGCCAGAUGAUGUUAUUCUCUGCCACAUAUGAUGAUGAAGUGGUGAACUUUGCUCAUGCCAUCAUCAAGAAUCCUGUCACUCUCCGCCUCAAGAGGGAAGAGGAGACUCUAGAAAACAUAAGACAGAUGUAUGUAGAAUGCAACAGUGAAGAAGAGAAAUAUAGAGCCAUUAGCAAUAUUUUCUCCAUCCCAGUUGGAAGUGCAAUGUUCUUCUGUCACACAAAAGCCAAUGCUGUUUGGCUAGCCAACAGGUUAAAAGAAGAUGGCAAUCAAGUUGCAUUGUUAACAGGUGACCUUACUCCUGAUGAAAGAGUCAAAGUACUUCUUCGUUUCCGAGAAGGAGCAGAGAGGGUCUUAAUUUGUACUAAUGUUCUGGCACGUGGCAUUGAUGUGGAUUCAGUUAAUCUUGUGGUGAAUUAUGAUCUGCCAAGACUGCAUGGCACCAACAAGGCAGAUUGUGAAACUUACCUGCAUCGCAUUGGUCGUACUGGUCGCUUUGGCAAGACUGGCAAUGCAAUUAACAUUGUUGAUGGCAAAGAAGAUCUGCGACUGCUAAGGGAAAUUGAAGAUCAUUUUAAUAUCAAAAUAAUCAAAUUGGACUACAGUAACAUUGAUGAAAUUGACAAACUUGGAGAAGACUAAUCACUAGAAGAAAUAUUAUUAACUGAUAUAUUAACUUUCUGUUCUUUGAAAAAUGAAAAUAAGUUUUCAUGCAGGAUGACAGAAACUGGAGUUGACAAAAAAAUCCAUUAUAAUGCUGUGCACGCAAUGUUUAAGAGAAAUGAGUAGACCAGUAAAAAACACAAAAAUACCAAAUUGUCAACAAAGGAGCUAUUACUGAAAACAUUUAUAAACUUUUAAGAUUUUGAAUAUUUCACUCAUUCAUGAAAUACUUCUUGUACUUCAAAUUCAAAAUUCCAUUGCUGAAGUGAUUGUGAAAUAGUUGUGUGUGUGUGUUUGUGUGUAUGUGCAUGUGUGCGCCUGAGAGAAAUAGACUCUUAUAUAAAAUCUGCUUCCUUAUGUUUCCUACAUGUCAUAAAAUGAGGCAUACAAUGAUGGUAUAAAGAUUAGUAUGCUGAGCUCCCAGCCAUGCCUUCUCCCUUCUUUUUAUCUAUUUAUUUAUUUAUUUUAUUUUAUUUUUAUUUCUUUUAUUUGGUUAUUAUGUUUGUGGGGACAAUUCAGGAUUCGGAUUCUAAAGCCAUGAGGUUUGUGUUCUUGUAAUGGAAGGAUUGAGUUGCUGAUUGAACAAGCAAGGCCUCAUUGUGUGUCACAUGAUCCAUUUGUGGUCUUAGAUGAUAGCUUUUCUUCUCAAGAUUACUAUGAUGACAUAUUUCAACAUUGUAUCAAAGAAAAAAUUAUAGUUACUCUUUUUUGUUCAUUUUAGUAAUCACAUGAAGUAUUUUGUGUUGAGUAUUUUUAUUAACUGUUUUGUAAUUUUGUAAUUCACUGUUAGUGGCUAGUACUUGAGUGGGUGCACUUCUAGGAAUGUUAUUACUCAUGUAUCAAAGUCAUCUCAAGUUUAAAAACAGGUGGCAUUCAUCAGAUAUAGCACAGCUCUUCCUGCUACUGUCCACUAUCUUCUGACUUUUUAAUAUAGGACCACCACUGAGAUCAGCACCUCAUUCUUUUCAUGUGAUUAACUGGGAAUAUUUUAAGUUAUUUAAACAUCACACACUCAGUAAACUUAGCUGGCAGGUGGUAAGACAGGAAAUGUCUAUCCACAGCACCAAUUCCAGAAGUAGAUUUGACUUACAACCAUAGAAUUAUCAUCCUCACAUUAUGGUGCUGUCUGUUCACAAGUGUUAGUGAAUUUUGUGUACUCUGAAGACUGGAGAAAGCAUAGUAAGUACAAAUCAACUUUAAUGUUAAUUACAAGCUAAUUUUUCUGAUGAAAAUGGGUUUUGAAGAGAACAAGGUGAUACUGUAUUAUCACACAUCCAAAUUUGGCAGUUUCAAUAUAAAACAACAAAUGUAAACUUUAUGUAAUAAAUAUGCAAGGAAAUGAGUCCCUAACUACAAAGAGUAGCAUAGCAUCACAAUACUGAGAAUUUCUCAUCUGCUAUCUUUGUAAACAUUUAUCUCAUUAUUCAAAAGUAUUAAAUAAAGAAUCUUUACAACACAAAAUUACCAUAUUAUUAUAUAGCUAGAAAAAUUGUCUGAUAAUUUGUAGUUUAAUAGAAUAAGGAUGAAUGGACAAAAAUGGAAUGAGAUCCUAACAAGAUAUCAAUUGCAACUCUUCGCCAAGAAACUAAAAUAUUUCUAUACACUUAUGAAGUGUAAAUGAAAACUAAGGAUUGAUACAUAAGUUACUGAAAAAAAGGGAUAUUUGGAUUAUACUGAUGCAUUCUCUACUGUAGACAUGGUACCCAGACUUGCUUCCUUACUGUAGUGUUUAAGCAGUGUGCUAUAGUGUUUUAUUGAAAGCUAUACAAAUACAGUGGAGACUCAACAAAUGGCUGUUCGAGCAUUAAAAAGUUCAACUAUCAGUACCUAUAAAUCAGGUAAUUUGUCCUAAUCUUGGUAAACCUUAAGUUUAUAAAAAUGUCAAUGUAAUUUCUUUUUAUAAUUUAGAAUUUUACAUACCAUAAGUGAAGGCUGGUGAUGGAUAACAUAGAAGAGGAGGGGAGGAGGGAGAUCGUUGGAGGGCAAGUCCCCAUCCAUGAUAACGUCUGGUAACUUUUCUCCUGAUGUGAUGCCUGUGAACCCACUAAUGCUCACUAACACUUGCACCCUCACUUAUUUCUACCACUAAUAAGCCUCUUUGAUGCCAUUAGAAGUUUCUAACUGAAAAAGUACAGACAGAACGCAGAAGAAUGUUGUUUUUCUCACGACUGCAGCAGAACUAGACAUGCACACUGGUAUUCGGUACACUGGGAUACCGGUAAUUCAUUUAGGUUCUAAUGGUAUUACCGGUAUCAGAAUGGGACAAUGGGGGCGGCCGGGGAGGGAGAGGCCACAGAGCUUUGUUUACAACCAUGUGUGUGGCCAUUCGAUUACCAGAUAUUUUCACCACUAAUAAGCCUUUGGUGUUAAUGUAAGUUUAUAAAUGAAGAACUACAGACAGAACGCACAAGAAUGUUAUUCUGAUGACCGCAGUAGCACAACUGGUGGAGGGGGAGAAGGAGAGGCCAGGGAGCCUUUGUUUACAAAAAUGUGUAUAUACAUUCGACUAUCAGGUAUUUUUUCAAGUUUUUAAAUCAAAUUUUUGUGUUUGAGUAUUGAAAAGUUUGACUAUUAAAGCAUUCAAGCAAUGAGCCUCCACUGUAUGGAAAACUACUUGAGACAGGUAAUGGUCAAGAAUUUUGAUCCUGUCAGUGCAAAAGAUUUGUGCUUAAUAAUGACACUAUAGUAAAAUGGUACGAUGUAUCAGCCAGUGGCCCAGUUAUUAGUAUUAUCUGACAAGGAAAAUGAUUUUUCUUGUUACUUCAUAUGUGCUCUCUCUCCUCUCUCUCUCUCUCUCUCUCUCUCUCUCUCUCUCUCUCUCUCUCUCUCUCUCUCUCUCUCUCUCUCUCUCUCUCUCUCUCUCUCUCUCAAAAUGUCAUAUGCUUAUGAGCAUCUCAUGUGGAAGUUUUUGAACAACAUUCUAUUUAAGUAUGUAUUUGCUUAUCCUUACACUAUUAUUUAACCGUUAAUAUCUAAACAGAUAUAACGGAAAGAUGGUUUGCACAGCUGAUUCAGACAGAUGAAUAUGAGUUAUAGUAAACAACCUUUUCUGAUUUUCUUUUCAUUUGCUGUCCUUUUUUGUUGGAUUUUAUCCUGUGUGUGUGUGUGUGUGUGUGUGUGUGUGUGUGUGUGUGUGUGUGUGUGUGUGUGUGGUGACCACUUAAUGUAAAAUUCAUUCUGUACAAAAGAAAGUAAUUUCAUUGUUCAGAUAAUGAAAAAGGAAACCACAAGUCAGUAAUAUAUAUAUAAUGGAAACAUAAUGCAAGAAAUAACAUUAGAGACAAUUUUCAAUAUUUCAUCAUCACCUGCUUUUAAUGUCUUCUGGUUUAUAUUGCACUGUUUAUAAUCAUAUUUAGUGACUAUGACUACCACACUAAUAUUUAUUUAUGGCUGCCUUGUCUUUUGUGGUACUGUGAAUUUUAAGAUAGUAGUUAGUUACAGCAUAAUCUGCAUUGAUGUAAAGCAUUUUUAUAGAGAAUGGCAACAAUAUUUAAUUCAGAUGUCAGUAAAUUUAAGUGCUAUUCCAAUGCUUUUCUUCUUAUGGAAAUAUGCAUGGGUAUCAAGUGUAGAAAUUAUUGAAAGAUAACAAUGAACUUUCCUUAAGAAGAAGAAAAAAAAAAAAUCAUCUCAGAGUUAUCUGCAAUUUUAUAGUUUUCCAUUUUAAAAGAAACUUCAAAUGUUUGAAAAGCAAGAUGUGUGCUGAUUCAAAUAUCAAUUUAUUUUUUAAUCUCAAUUUGUUAAUUGUCUGGUUGAUUUAUGUAACGAUUAGAGAUUACAUUAGAAUUGUCACAAAAAGUUUUCCCUAUCAUUAAGCUGAGCAUUGUACAAUUUAGAAACAAACUGUGAUAUGUAUCAAAUUAUGGUCUGUGCAGAUUGUUCAUGAAAGUCUUGAUAUUUAACUAUUAACAGCCAGUUGUUCCAAUAUGAAGUCAAGGAGGAAAAAAAAAUGCAAACAUAAAUUAAUAAACAUGGGCAUUAUAGACCUUGAAAUGAUGACAAAGUUUAGUUUGAAGAUAAUUGCAUGUAAACGAAAAGAAAACUGAUUUUUUAAAAUUUUUUAUUUAUUUAUUAUUUUUUUGAAACGGUUAAGUUUACCUGUCUUGUAGUUAUCAGAAUGUGCGUGUCAUAUUUUUAAGGAUGCAGUUUUAAGUUAUUCAGUUAUUAGAAUUCUUUUACAUGUAAACACAUAAAUGAACAUGAAAACAUGUACCUUAUAAAUACUUUUGCCAUGUUCAUAAAAUUUAUGGUGUUAUGCAUAUGCAAUAUAUACUGAAAGCAAAUCAUACACUUUUAAUACUGAAGAAUAUGCAGAGGCUGUAUUAACUUGAUAAGUAUUUAUCAUUGUCAUUCAUAGCAUUUAAUGGAUGUGUACUUUUACAAUACACUAGCAAAAACCAUGUAAAAUGGUUUCUACUUGUGAAAAUAAGUUAUGUCUGUAUAAAGCUCCAUGUGAUAUUCUUGAAUUUAGAAGCUUAAGCUUUUAUAUGAACUGCAUUUAUAUGCUAAAAAAAAGAAAAAAAGAAAGAAAAAAUGUCAUCCUGAUAUACUAUUAUGAAAAAUAAAGAGGAAUUAAUA